GUUAUAAUACAGUUAAAAUUUUAGCUACAUUUAUAGAAACAUGGUGCAUAAAUGUUGUGUACCCAAUUGCACAUCAAAUAAAAAUAUUCCAAGGCACCAAUUUCCAAAAGAUGUGCAACGAACAGAAAUAUGGCUUGCAGCAAUAAAAAGAACAGACCUGAUUGGUGUACAAAGGGAAAGAUUAGAUAAGUUAAGAAUUUGCACUAUUCAUUUUUCAGAUGAUAGUAUUUAUAAUUAUACUCAAAGACGAAUUUUAAAAAGUAACGCUAUUCCAUCCUUAUAUUUACCGAGUGAAAUAAAUGACGAUAGUGAAGAACCUAGAAUUAUAAUGAAUACAAGUUUUAUUCCAAAUGUAGAAUGUAAUGUUCCAACAAAAAAUGAUACUAAUGUAACUUAUUGUAAUUUCAUUGAUAAUAAUUUAACUGAAAAUAAUGUAAUUGAUAGUAAUUUAAUUGAUCGUAAUUUAAUUGAUAAUAAUUUAAAUAACAUAGAUAAUAAUAGUGCAAAAUCUAACUUAUUAGUCGAUUCCUCAAAAAAGGAAGAUUAA